AUGACCAAAGCCCCUUUUCCUACAGGAAAUGAGAAGCGGUCAAGUCGCCCUUUGGAGCUCGUGCACAGCGACAUCAUGGACCUGGGUGACGCCCACCCCUCACUUCGCUACGUCCUGACGCUCAAGGAUGACUUUACCAACUACUUGUGGGUGGCGCCGCUAGUUCGCCGAUCUGACAUGCAAGCUGUCUUCACGGCAUGGCACCGCGAAAUGAAGACUAAGCUGCCUACAAAGCCGCUGGCUACCCUGCGCACGGACAACGGGGGGGAGUAUGCAGCAAACGCCUUCACAGAAUAUUUGAGUUCCCACGGCGUCAUCCACGAGACGUCGUUACCGCACACCCCUCAGCAGAAUGGAGUCGCGGAACGGGUUAACCGCACACUCAUGGACAAAGUGCGGGCCAUGACUACCGGGGCCAGCCUCUCCUCCACCUUCUGGCCGUACGCGCUUGAGUACGCUACAUGGUUACACAACCGCAUCAGCUGCAGCAGCAACCCAUCUGCGCACUCACCGUACUAUAUGAUGACGGGGAAACCUGCGGACGUGUCCAUGGCACGAACCUUUGGCUGCCUCUGCUAUUACCUUCCUCCACAAGGCAGCUUUGGCAAGUUUGAGCAGAGAGGCCGAGCUGGCAUGUUCCUCGGCAUCUCCAACGUUCGGAAAGCGUGGAUCGUGCGGGACAUGGCAAGUAACGUGGACACGGACACUCGGUCUGCUCGCUUCUUUGAUGACCUCAUAUUGCCGGACGCAGAAUCUCUCCUCGACCGUCAACGCUAUGUCAAUGAAGUCUCACCCCACGUUGCGGAGUGGACUUCAGGGGGAGAAGAAAUUGAGCAUGAGUUCGAUCCUUUUCCGUCCUCCCCAUCCUCUUCCGCGUCAUCAACCGAUAUGCCAACUGGACACCAAGUAUGCAGUACCCCUGCUGGAGGAAUGGACAAGGACUCACCUGCAGCCGUCGCAGCUGAUUCAAGUGGAGCUGCAACCAAUGACAUACCUGCGGCAGGUGUUUCUAUUUCAGAGAACGGGGACGACCAUGGCAUGGAGAACGAGACAUGUCACCUUUAUGACUUUGCCUACCCACCUGAAGGAAUUCCACUGACCGAACAAGGUGCACCACAACGACGAGUUCACUUUGAUCCGACUGUAACUGUGCUCGGAGAAGAAGGGCAAGCUGCGCACCGCAUGACAGGGCUGGACGUGCUACUUGGAAAGCGUCAAGCAGGGCAAGUCAUGUGGACUAAGGAAGACAUGCCACAAGGAGUCAACAGCCUUCCCAGCUUACAGCAACAGGUGUUGGGAUGUGCAGCUGCGACUGUGCCCAUGGUCGACCUGACCUACAAAGAGCCAAAGUCACUCAAAGAACUGACCACGGAUCCAUACGCACCUUUUUGGCAAGCGGCAGUCAACGCGGAGCUCACCAAAUUUGACGAGCUGGGAGCGUAUGAAGUGGUGGACAGGGCGGACGUACCAAAGGGAGUCCCAGUGAGGGCUGGAAAAGAUACGGUGUGGCUGCUCACUUACGUGGAUGACAUCCUCAUUCAGUCUGAUGAUGAGGAAGGCAUCCAAGCAGUCAUUCAACACCUGAAGGACAACUUCACCUUGACCGUCAACUCGACCAUGACCCAAUUUCUGGGUUUGAAUGUUACUGCUUCCCGCAACACCAUAUCAUUGGGACUCACCAAGUACAUCAAACAAGCGUUGGCAAACUAUGGGAUGGAGGAGUGCCGCUCUGGAGUACGAACGCCGAUUUCCAAGGAACCUGGACCUCAGGGGGAGUCACCUGAAGAGGUGGACAAUCAGCGGGUGAUGCAGCAGGUUGGGGCGCUGCUAUAUGUCUCUACAGCAGGAAGGCCAGACAUCACCUUUGCCACGCAUGUGCUCGCCCGACAGGCCAGCAAGCCAACGGCAGCAACUGUGCUCGGAAUUCGGCGUGUGUUCAAGUAUCUUCAGAAUACGGCUGAGAUUGGAUUGGUUUAUGGAGAGGGAGACUUGGUGCUUCGUGGAUACACAGACUCUGACUAUGCAAAUGAGGUUGGAUGUCACUCGGUGGGCGGCUAUGUGUUUACGCUGGGGGGAGCUGCUGUCAGCUGGAGGACGAAACGGCAAACGGUCAUCGCUACCUCCACAACAGAAGCUGAGUACAUCGCCAUGUUUGAAGGAGCAAGGGAAGCAGCUCACCUGCGGCGACUGUGUGCCGACCUUGGCUUUCCACAGAGAGAACCCACAGUUCUUUAUGUGGAUAACCAGAGUGCGAUUGCCCUUGGAAAAGGGGAACAAAUGAGUCAGCGCACCAAGCACAUGGAGGUGCGUUACCACUGGACCCGUAAAGCAGUGCGUGAUGGCGUGGUAUGGUUGGAGUACUGUCCAACAACCAAGCAAGCAGCCGAUUACCUUACCAAACCGGUCACCUCCAAGCAGCAUCUCACCUGCAGUGUUCUGAGUGGGCUUCAACCAAUUCCCCCUGGUGUACCAUCUGGAGACAUUCGCCAUGUCAAGAAUGCUGAUGUUGUGCUCACUUGUGCGGCCUCUUCAAGCGGUGCUGCACCACAUGGCGUCACCUAA